AUGACAGAUACUAAUAAUUCGAAGGGCAAAGAUGAAUCAUCGCAAAGUGAAAAUACUUUAGGAAAAACUUUAUCAGAUUUGAAAGCGUUGCGGUCAUCGUCGAAAGGAAACCUGAGUCGAACAAAAAACAUUAUUGUGCAGAAGGGACGUACGUUGUCAGAACCUGAGUUAGAAUGUCGAUUAGGAAUAUUGGAAUCGUAUUUUAAGCAGAUUUUAAAUGUUCAAACAUCCAUUGAACGGUUUAAUAAUCCUGAUGACGAAGCGGCUAAUGAAGCCUUUCGAGAAGAAGUAGAAGACAUCUAUGUUAGCGCAAAAACAAACAUAAUGUCAAUUUUAUCUGAACUCAGAGGAAAUACCACUGCUGCUGAGCAUUUAAAUGCAACGUAUUUUCCUGAACCGACUCGGCCCCGUUCAAAGCUAGAACCUAUCAAACUGCCUACAUUUUCCGGAAAAUUUUCUGACUAUCCCAAUUUCAUAGGUUUAUUUAUGAAUCUUGUUCAUAAAGAUGACAGCCUCGAUAGUUUACAAAAAUUUAACUACUUACUUAGAAGUCUCUCAGGAUCGGCUUUGGAUGCUGUUAGAGAUUUUAACGUCGUUGGAACAAAUUAUCAAAAAGCACUUGAUAGAUUGAAAACUCGUUUUGAUAAUAAAACUCUUAUUUUUCAAGAGCAUAUCAACAGUUUGUUAGAGUUUCCAAAAAUGUCCAAAGUAUCUGCUUCAUCUUUGCGCCAUUUAGAAGAUAGUUUUAAUACGCAUUUAACUGCAAUGCUUUCUAUUGGAAGUCACAAAGAUAUAGCUACUUCUAUAUUGAUUUCGUUAGCUUUGGAUCGAGUUGAUGAAGAAACUCAAACUAAAUGGCAGGAUGCAAUAGAUUAUGAAAAGCUCCCAACGUGGGAAGAAUUUAGUAAGGUUUUGGACCGCCGUUGCAAAAGCUUAGAAGCAAAGGAAACCAGGCUACAAAAACCAACUAGUGCUGCUAAAUUCAAUACAAAAUCUGACCAUUCUAGUCCACAAAAAGGUGGAAAGAAACAAUUUAGAAAGUUUCAAGGUACAAGUUUAGCAGCGGAGCGUAUUAAUUGUGAAUAUUGUCAGUCUUUGGAACAUUUUGUGGACUCAUGUCCAGAUUUUCUCAGCUUGCCAGUGGGAAGGAGGUUCCUGGAAGUUAAAAAACGAAUCCUAUGCGUCAACUGUUUGGGGAAAGAGCAUUCUGUAAGACAUUGUACUAAACCAAAAUGCACUAUAUGUUCGUUACCACAUCACAAACUGCUUCAUAGGUUUACAGUCAACAAGGGUGUUGAAAAUGCAGGCCAAGGAGCAUCUCAUUCAGCUUCCUUAUUGGGGAGAUCCUCCAAUCAAACUAUAUUAGCCACGGCUGUGGUUUUAAUAAAAGAUAGUUUUGGUAGAUAUCAACCUGUUCGUACAUUGUUAGAUUCGGCUUCUCAACUGAACUUUAUAACUGAAAGUAUGUCACAAAGAUUAAGAUUGCCAAAAUCAAAGUCAGAGAUAUUGAUAAGCGGAAUAGGAAAUGAGGUGACAAACGUUCGAUAUACUACAAACGCAACUUGUAAAUCUAGGAUUUCAGAGUUUGAGACUCAGUUAGACUUGCUAGUAAUCAAAAAUAUUACUCAUCUUCAGCCUAGUCAAUCAUUUACGGUAGAUUGUUGGAAAAUACCUAAAAAUAUUGUGCUAGCGGAUCCUAACUUCAAUGAGGCAGCUAAGAUAGAUUUGCUUAUAGGUGCAGAUCAUUUCUUUGAGUUGCUAGCUAUUGGGCAGAUCAAAUUGGAAGAGAAGAUUACAAUUCAAAAAACUCUUUUUGGUUGGGUCGUUUCGGGUUCUCAUGAAUUGUCAAACGCCAAAACUUCCACAGUUUGCUUGCUAGGAAGUGAACGGCAGUCAAAAGAUGAAAAUCUCAAUGAAUUUGUUGAAAAGUUUUGGGAAAUCGAAAACUACCCCACUGCUUCAAAAUUGUUAAAGCCUGAAGAGAUAAAAUGUGAAGAACAUUUUUUAAAAACAACUAAAAAGAAUAGUGAAGGCAGAUUUGUCGUAAGCUUUCCCUUUAAGGAAGACCCUGAAUCCUUAGGACAAUCCUUCGAAAUGGCUAAAAGAAGGUUUUUGUCGUUAGAGAGGAGGCUGGAUAAAAAUAAUAGUAUACGUAUUCAAUACUAG